GUCAGCACUCACUCAGCACUCAAAUCCAAAACUUGCAUAAAAGGGAAGAAACUCAGACGACACCAAAAUCAACAAACAAAUCAAAACGAUGUUGCUCCGAAUUUCUAUCCAGCAAGGGAAGAACAAUCUCAGGACUUUGAGACCUCAAUUUCUCGGUAUUAGAAGCUGUUGGUUAUCAAUGUCGCCGGAGCCAUCUACUCAUCAAACAAAACCUCCGAAAGUGCAAAAUCUUAUUGGAGGGUCUUUUGUUGAUUCUCAAGCUUCAUCAUAUCUCGAUGUUAUAAACCCUGCUACACAAGAGGUUGUUUCUCAAGUUCCAUUGACAACUAACGAAGAGUUUAAGGCGGCAGUAUCUGCUGCGAAGCAAGCAUAUCCUUCAUGGAGAAACACGCCGAUUACCACUCGUCAACGUGUUAUGCUAAAGUUUCAAGAGCUUAUACGCAAAAACAUGGAUAAACUUGCAAUGAACAUCACGACUGAGCAAGGGAAGACCUUAAAGGAUGCACAUGGCGAUAUCUUCCGUGGACUAGAGGUUGUGGAGCAUGCUUGUGGAAUGGCUACAUUACAGAUGGGUGAAUAUGUUCCCAAUGUGUCUAAUGGAGUUGAUACAUAUAGUCUUAGGGAGCCAUUAGGUGUUUGUGCUGGCAUUUGUCCCUUCAACUUUCCAGCAAUGAUUCCUUUAUGGAUGUUUCCCGUUGCAGUGACAUGUGGAAAUACGUUUGUUCUUAAGCCAUCAGAGAAGGAUCCCGGUGCUUCUGUAAUACUUGCAGAGUUGGCAAUGGAAGCUGGGUUACCUGAUGGGGUUCUCAAUAUCGUUCACGGCACCAAUGAUACUGUGAAUGCUAUCUGUGAUGAUGACGAUAUAAGGGCUGUUUCUUUUGUUGGGUCGAACACUGCUGGAAUGCAUAUAUAUGCAAGAGCAGCAGCGAAAGGAAAACGUAUUCAGUCAAAUAUGGGGGCGAAAAAUCAUGGUGUUGUCUUGCCUGAUGCCAACGUCGAUGCUACUUUAAAUGCGCUACUUGCUGCUGGGUUUGGUGCCGCUGGACAGAGAUGCAUGGCACUGAGUACUGUGGUCUUUGUUGGCAAUUCAAAAUCAUGGGAGGAUAAACUCAUCGAGCGAGCGAAAGCCCUUAAAGUCACAUGUGGGACAGAACAAGAUGCAGACCUAGGUCCUGUGAUUAGUAAAGAGGCCAAAGAACGGAUAUGCCGCUUGAUUCAAUCUGGUGUGGACGAUGGUGCUAAAUUACUGCUUGACGGAAGAAAUAUUGUGGUUCCAGGAUACGAGAAAGGGAAUUUUAUUGGUCCUACCAUUUUAUCUGGCGUUACACCCGACAUGGAGUGUUACAAGGAGGAAAUAUUUGGCCCUGUUCUUGUAUGCAUGGAGGCAAACAGCUUUGACGAGGCCAUAGACAUAAUAAAUAGAAACAAAUACGGAAACGGUGCUGCUAUUUUCACUACAUCAGGCGCAGCGGCUAGAAAGUUCCAAAUGGAAAUAGAAGCCGGACAGAUUGGUAUUAAUGUUCCGAUCCCGGUUCCAUUACCGUUCUUCUCAUUCACUGGGAAUAAAGCCUCAUUUGCAGGAGAUCUAAACUUCUACGGCAAAGCAGGAGUAGACUUUUUCACUCAGAUCAAGACUGUGACACAGCAGUGGAAGGAUAUUCCAACUUCCGUAUCUCUUGCAAUGCCUACUUCGCAAAAGCAUUAAAUUCUAUAAAUAACCCUCUGUUCUUUUGUGUUAUUUCAGUUAUAUUUCACAAGGAAAAAAAGUUAUCAAAAUAAAAUCGACUGUAAAUAGUUGUCCCGUUGAAGGGAUGAAACUAGUUUCGAUGGCACCCCGGAUUGUAUCUUUGUAUGAUGUAUGAUCUUUCUCCUAUGAAUGAAAUUCAGUUGUUCGAAUAAAGAAAAACGAUU